GGUAGGAUUUCAGAUUUGGUUGCAUUUAAAUAGCUUUAAUCCGUAUAUUUUCUGGACAAACUGUGUCUUCAUGCCUGUUACUUUGUACACUGCUGGGUUGAGACCCAAAAAUGUUGUCAGUUAGGUCCAAUUGUAGGAGCUGAAGCCAUGAUUAGCAGACUCUCUUUCUCUAGUGAUUUUGUAUGCUUUAAAUUAGGGAGGUAGGAACAUUAGUUCUUGAAAUUGGUAUGUUUCAAACUUUGAAAUCAGUAUGCUUCCUCACCAUUCACUUCACAGCUUGAUAGAUCCAUCUUUGCCUAUUGAAAAGUUGCAUCUUUCAUAUUUCACUUCCUUGCUAGCAACAACCCUCUCUGCCAAUUGCCAAUUGGCAGCCACUGAUCAGAACCCCUCCUUCAUCAAGCCCUCCUUUUCCCCUUCAUCCAAGAUUCCAAAGCUCCAUUCCAGAGGUACGAUUCCUUUCUCCCCUUAUUAUUUUCCGGAUCCAUCUCUCCACCACGGUUUCCACAUCUGUUUCUCCCUCCCAAAACCUGAUGCUGCCAACGGUGACACUACAAUAACGCCUGAAACCUUUAUUUCCCAAUUCCUGCCCAAUGAACCUAGAAAAGGCUCUGAUGUCCUUGUGGAAGCUCUCAAACGCCAAGGUUUCACUACUUUCUUUGUACCUGGCGGUUUCUCUGUGGAAACCCACCAAACUCUCAAUUGCUUCUCCAUAAUCCGCAUCGUCCUUCCUCUCCAUGAACAAGGCGAUAGCUUUGCUGCUGAGGGCUAUGCACUAGCCUCUGGCCAUCUUGGCGCAUGCAUAACAACUUCUGGUCCUGGUGCCACCAGUCUGGUCAGUGGGUUGGCCAAUGCUAUGCUUGAUAGUAUCGCCAUUAUUGCCAUUACCGGCCAGGUCCCACAACAAAUGAUGGGUCUUAAUUCAUUUCAAGAAAUCCCUACUGUUGAUAUCACUAAACCUAUCACUAAGCGUAAUUACCUUGUUCUUCAAGCAGAAGACAUUCCCAGAAUCAUACAUGAAGCCUUUUGUCUCACUACCUCAGGUCGACCAGGUUCUGUUUUGAUUGAUAUUCCAAAAGACAUUCGACAAAAGUUAGCAGUCCCAGACUUGAAUGGCUCCAUUGCUUUACCUGGAUGCCUGUUGAGAUUGCCCUAAUCUCCUGAUCGUACUUGUUUGGAAGAGAUUGUUAGGUUGAUAAUCAAAUCAAAGAGACCAGUAUUGUAUGUGGAUGGUGGGUGUUUGAAUUCAAGGGAUGAGUUGAGACAUCUUCUGGAGCUAACUGGGAUUCCAGUAGCAAGUACAUUGAUGGGCCUUGGGGCAUACCCGUGUACUGAUGAGUUAUCACUUCAAAUGCUUGGAAUGCGUGGAACUGUUUAUGCCAAUUAUGCUGUGGAUGAAUCUGAUUUGUUUCUUGCUUUUGGAGCUGGGUUUGAUGACCGUGUGACAGGCAAGCUCGAAACUUUUGCUAGGCAUGCUAAAAUUGUUCACAUUGACAUAGAUUUCAUUGGGAAGAAUAAGCAACCCCAUGUGUCAGUUUGCGCAGAUUUGAAGGCGGCGCAAAUAAACAGAGUAUUGGAAGAUAAAAAGGCAAAGCUUAAACUUGAUUUCUCAGCUUGGAGAGAGGAGUUAAGACAGCAAAAAAUGAAGUACCCAUGAUUCAAGACUUCCGGAGAAGCCAUUCCUCAGUAUGCAAUUCAGCUUCUCUAUGACUAGACCCAAGGGAAUGCCAUUGUAAAUACUGGUAGGCAGCACCAGAUGUGGGCAGCUCAAUGGUACAAGUAUAGGAGGCCUCGGCAGUGGCCGAUGUCAAGCUGUUUAGGGGCAGUGGGCUUUGAACUCCCUGCUGCCAUUGGAGCCGCUGUUGCCAGACCUGAAGCUUUAGUCAUCGACUUCAACAGUGAUGGGAGUUUCAUGAUGAAUGUUCAGGGGCUGGCAACAGUCCAGGUGGAGAACCUCCCUGUUAAGAUGAUGAUACUGAACGAUCAGUAUCUGGGUAUGGCUGCUCAGUGGGGGGAUCUUUUCUAUAAGGCUAAUAGGGCUUACACAAACCUGGGAAACCCAGUAAAAAGGUCUGAAAUUUUCCCGACUAUGAUGAGGUUUGCUGAAGCUUGUGACAUCCAUGCAGCCCGGGUAGAGAAGAAGAGUGAUAUUAGGACAGCAAUUCAGAAGAUGUUAUACACACUGGACGUAAUCGUGCCUGAUCAAGACCAUGUCCUGCCGGUUCUGAGCAAUGGGGGGUUUAUGGAUGUGAUAACCGAGUAAUGGGAGAUCUGCUUAUUGAUUUUAGCAGCCUAAAGGGCAUUGUAUGCAUGUUGUUUGCAAUUCUUAGGCGUCAUAAAGGUGUUAUCGUAUGUGAUAUUAGGUGUAAUCUUGUUGAAACAGGAAGCUGAAGCAGCUGAACAAAUAAAAAUUGGAAGAGAAAAUGAUUCCUACAUAUGACCACUUGAGAAUAUUUUCCUUUGUGCUUGCCAGUUUUUCUGGCAUUAAUUCUUUAGCCAUUAUUUUCCUGCGGGAUUAUUAACCUAAAUUAUUAGGACUAAGCACCACACAAAUCUGGAAGAGAGAAUAGGGAUGAGGAAGAAUGAGGUCAAGAUCAUGCUAGAGUAUAAGAGGCAUAUGGGGAAGCUAAUGCUAUUCUACAUCUCACUAUAACUUCUUCUUAUGCAUCUAUGUCAUGUUUUGGAAACCCAGCAUACUCUGCUGACACUCCAAGUACCACAAUUUGUUGAGCCCAUCGAGGCACAGUUUGAUUUGUAGUUAGAAGUGGCCUGCUGGAGGUGUUAAGUAAGUUUGCAAUUUAUCAUGGCACUUUUCUCUGACUGCUAUGGGAUCUUACCAUUACCUCAAAUGCUGGAACGGCAUCAUUACCGUGUCCCAUUGAAUUGUAGGUUUAGACAGAUUGACUCUCGCAUGGGGGUCAAGGAUCAACUCUAAUGCUAUUUAUAUCGAAGGUUCAGAUAGAUGGACUCUCACACUGAUAGAUUAUUGACCUUAAAAAGUGUUGAGGGUCAGUCUAUGAAUCAUCUUCCAAGACCUGAUAGUUCUUCCCUGUAGAAAGUUACCAUGUGGAUACUGGUCUAAAGAAGCCUACCAAAACUGAAAUUAAAGAACAAGAAAUUAAGGUCAUGUAUGAUUCUGUGGGUCCAUACAUUCAGUUUUUCCAUUUGACUAAUUAUAUCUUAUGAAAACUCGUUCCUUGAUUCAAAUUCCCAAGCGAAAACAAGGUAUAUAUAUUGCUGAACCAAUUUGAACAUAUUCUACAUUUCUCAGAUGAAUUGUUCCCUGUCACUCAUGGAUCUGAGCUGAAGCUGUUGAUGUAUCAAAGGAUUUCCUCCUGACCAAGAGGCAAGUGAUCCUUGAAGGAUGAGCGUGUGUGUUGUCCAGACUGCACAAUACAAAGUCCGGCCGGUGCAGUGCAAGGUUCAACCUAUCCUCCCCCACAACCAGCGCAGUGGCAUCAAGCAGAACAUGCCAUGAGUUCCGGUGAGCUUCUGAAACCCAGUGCAUUGAGUAUCGUGUACCAUUCACAUCCGCAGGGUAACAGAAGAGUCCCUUGGGACUGUGCUUACACUUCCUUCUGAAGUACUGGCUAAGCUGCGAUCCCUUGAUCCUCAAGUCCAGCCAAGUCUCUGGUGCUGAGAUCACUUUUGAGUCCUUGUAACUUGCGAAUUCCUUUAUGUAAUCCUCUUCUUCCCCAAGAAUCGUCAUGUAGAAGUUUCCCCUGAAGAAAGGAUAGCUCUCUCCCACCAUCAUCAUCGCUUCCUUGUAGUUAGACGUGAAGAGGACUAGGUACUCAUUGUCAGACAGACCACAGUGCUUUAGAACUUUGUUUUGAGCUUGGAUUUCUGGGAUUGAGAUGAAACUGCCAGGAAAGGAGGAUUUCUUGGUGAGGAUAUCAAGCAGUCUUGAUGCCUCCAACUGGGUUCUGUCUAGAUCAGGGAGAUUGCUACCAAAGGAAGGUGUGGACUCUCUGAAACUGCCUCUAGGGGACUUCCUCCUAUCGUCAGGUGUUGGAUCUGAAGACUCCUCAUUGAUGCAAAGAGUGGAGAGAUCGAUCAUUUCUCCUUCCUCAACCAAUCCAUUGGCGUAUUGUGGGUACUUGGCAAAGACAUACUGCUCAACAUACUGCAUCUCAGUCGGCGUGAUUGGACCUGACCAUCUGAGGUCAAGACCAUGGAGCGUUGAUAUGGCUUCCGCAACUAUGUGAGCAGGAAUCACAGUAUGUGCUUUCUGUUUUCAUCCAAAAUUUAGUCAAGCAAUCAGAACAUGAAAUUACAUAUAUAUUUAUUUAGGAACUCAUGAAACAUGAAGAAAAAGGGAGUUUGAAUUUGAAUUUACCUUGACUACC